AGGAAGAAGGAAUGACAACAGUGUGAGGAUGCUGCUGCUGCUUUGACACUUUUUUACUCUUAUUUUUCAUUUGCUGAACGCAACAGCCAACAAUGACUUCUUUUAUAAAAGAAACACAAAGCAUAAAAGAAGCUGUAACUUUUAUCAACGCAAUUGAUGUGAACAAGUUCUCCAGGCUGAUCUCCCGCAUCAUACAGAAGCUGCAUCUGAAGGGAGAGCGUACAUUCAGUGAAGAGGAGGAAGAAAAGCUCCAGGCUGCUCUCUCAUUGGAUAAACAGGCUCUCCAUCUGGUCCUGGAAACUGCUGCCUUUAUACUUGAACAGGCAGUGUAUCAAAAUGUGAAGCCGGCCUCUCUGCAGCAACAGCUGGAGGCGGUGCAUCUUGACCCAGACAAGGCUGAGGCGUUCUCUCAAACAUGGGCCACAGCUGGACCUGAGCUGGUGGAGAAACUAAAGCACAGUACCUUCGCCCCAAAGAAGCUGGAGUAUGUGGGCUGGCAGUUGAACCUGCAGAUGGCCCAGUCCAGCCAAGCCAGACUGAAGUCUCCCAGCGCCGUCCUCCAACUGGGACUCCGCAAUGAGGACUCUGAGGUUCAAGAAGAUGUCUUUGUGGAUUUUAACCACCAGGAGCUGGUUGACUUCUACAAUAAGCUUGAAAUCGUGCAAGGCCAGUUGGAUUCCCUGACUUGAUGCCUGAUGUAGACAAACACACACACGCACGCACGCACGCACGCACACACACACACACACACACACACACACACACACACACACACACACACACACACACACACACACACACACACACACACACACACACACACACACACACACACACACCACACACACACAAACAGUCAGUGUUUUUGCUGACAGCUAUGCCAGCUGUUAGAGGCCUAGCAAUUCCAUUCGGGGUCUGAUUUAUUAGUGAACAAUGCCAAACUUUGAAGGAAGGGGUUUGUUUCCCCUUUGAGCUUCUUUCAUUCCAGGUUUGUGCUCUUAAUUUAAAGAGGCCAUUGUGAUACAUCUGCCUGUACUUUGAAUUUGUAUGUCUUCAUCAAGGAGAUGGUGGAAAGAUUACCCUUGUCAAUAUAAAGUGAACUGCAACACAUUAGUUUAUAUCCAGCCAGGACUCACUUAAUGUUUGAUUUCCCUUAAAUACAGUAACAAUGAGAUUAAAAACAAAAUGCCAAAUGUCAAUGAUUUUACCGUAUGAAAAAAGGCAGUUAUAAAGAAAUUGUAUGGAUUUUGUAUCUAGGAAAAGGAAGUAAUGUUGAUGCUAUUCUAAUAAAAUGUGGGGAGGUGAAAUUCUUCCAAGCUGUUGUUAUUUA